CAAGGGUGGCACUUGGCCGCUGCUGGGCUCUCGCUUUAAAAUGCAUGGAAUGGUGGUGUCUGCUCAGCUCCUGGCAGAGCUGAAGGGUGCCGGUGAGCUCCGGCGGUGCCGCGGUCGAUGGCUCUGUCUUGUAGUGCUUGCACAGCGUUAAUGCUCUUGGAAAGCGUAAACCCUGCUGCUUUUUCUCCCCGAUGGGCUGCUGAAGGCUUGGGGCUCGUAGGGCGAUGCUGAGCCAUGCGUGGGUUCCUUGGGGUCUUUAGGGCAGAGCAGGGUGUGGGGUCCCAGGUCUGCGUGCCCACCCUGUGGUGCUGAUGUUGGCAAGGAUUAAACCUCUUCCCGGUGUUGGCUUUGCGGGGACAUCCUGGCUUAUCUCUGUCCUGCCACGUGUCACCCCUGGUGCUGGCCCGAUCCCUGGGCUGUUGUCUUCUGUCCCUGAGCCACUAAUGGUCCCUGCAAGGCGGGACGUGGGUGCUGGGUGCAGCCAGGUUGCUGGGCGCAGGCUGCAUCUUGCCACUCGCUCGCAGAGGGCACUGCUGAGCCGGCUGAGGGCUGCGGGCCCAGGGAACCUGCAGCCAGAUGAGACAUCGUCAACAAGGAAGGAAGAAAGAAAAAAAAUCAACAAAAAAAAAAAAAAACCCGACCCAGGGAAAAGGGCACGAACCACCGAAGCCAAACCACGUGUCGUGAGGCGUCUCCCACAGCCGCCCAGCGUGGUGGCACCGGGGACACGGGCCUGUCCCCCAGCUGGAGGGAGCCUGGGAGCUGGGCAGACCCUGAUGAUGCUUCCAGUGAACGCUCUCUGAGCCUAACGUGGGAUUGCUGAGCUGAAGGCGAUUGUGUUUAAACAGCGUGGUGGGCGCAGACUGCAGCCCCGUGUUUGCUCUAGCAGAUUCCUGUUACAGCAGGGGCCAGAUGAGCAGCUACGUGGCCCAAGGGCUGAGUCACCGCCAGAGCGGUGUGAGCAUCAGGCCGAGAGCUUUCUCAGACCCACAUCCCGGUGACGCCGGCAGCGUGACUUCUCGCUGCCUUUAGGGAGGGACCGACCAAACACCACCGGGGACUAGCUAGAGGUUCCAGCUGCCCGUCGUGUUUGCAAGUGGCAGAACAGCUCCAGCACGCCUGUCCUCUCGCCACUGCACCCAGCAUGGCAGCGUAGAGCUGGGGGCAGAUGGACGGGGUGCAGCGGGAUGAGCCCUGCCCUGACCCUGCUUCUGUCACUGGCCAGCUGCACCCUGCUCCGUGGCAUGCCAUUGCCUCCACGAGACGUGAGGCUGGAGGCACAAAACUUCCACGUCUGCCUGCGGUGGGAGCCGGACCCUGGCUCACCCAGCGGUGCCUCGUACCAGGUGGAGUGGAGGAGACGAACCUCUCGCUGGACCAAGGUGGAUACCUGCUGGGGGAACAGCACCAGCUCCUCCUGGGCAUGCGAGCUGUAUUUUGACAAGAUCCACGAUAUCUACUGGGCAAGGGUGAGAGCGGUGGCCGGAGACAAGCUGUCCGAGUGGGCCUAUUCCAGCGAGCUGCAGCUGUACAGAGACACAAUUGUGGGCCCCCCCAAGUUGUCUUGGCUGCUCCAAGGUCACACCCUCAACGUAAAUAUCAUCAUGCCACUCACUCCCUACCGAAACACAAACGGCUCUUACAAGCCAGUCGACCAAGUGCUGCUGAAGCUGUGGUACUGGCUGAAUCUGUACGAAGGGGAUGUGCUUGUCCAGCAAGUGCCCUGCAAAUGGAGCAGGGAGGAAGCCCCAUGUACUUUCAGAUACCUGAAGCCCAGCACGCAGUACUGUGUCCGGACGGCAGCCGCGGGCAUGGUUGGGGAGCAGAGCCAGGAGGCCGAGCAGUGCAUGGUGACUCCGGCAGGCCACGCAGGCUUUCCCUGGGUCCUCCUUGCCGUGCUGAGUGGCAUCUUCCUGCUGCUGAGCAUGGCCGGGCUCUGCUUCGUCCAGCUGCACAUCUUCCCCAGCCCCUCGGAGACGCUCCUCCCGAAAACACUUCAGGCUCUCCUGAACAGGGACCCGAGCGUGACCGUCAGGGAGCCCACCCUUGAGCUCAAGGAGGACUCGCUCACCCUGCUCCUGCCAACUGUGCUACCCUCCUGCCAGUUGCCUGCAGGUGAGCAGACAACACCCACAGUCCAGCUGCUUGUCAGAGAAAGCCUUUCCCAGGACAUGAGUGGCUACUGUGCCAACGGGUUUGGGCCAGACUGCCACGAGGGAAGGGACCCGUCCUGCACCCACAGCCAGCUGGGGCAUGCCUUGGGCUCCCAGGUCUCAUUGCGGCUGGAGGAGGAUGGGGAAGUGUGUGAUGGGGAUGAUGUGCUGGAGCAGCCGGUGCUGGUGGGACUGACCAGAGACAGCUACACAGGUGACAGGGACUACCAGACAUCAGAGAUGUGGCUCCCCCUGCAUCUCCAGCUUCAUUCUAAAUGCCAGUGCCCAGCCCUGGGAGCGGGCAGUUGGCUACCUCUGCCCACACCGGGCAGGAGCUUCAGCCAGGAGGACUUGCGGGAGAGCCUUGGCAUGGCAAGGCACUGGGUACCGCUCAGCUCUGUGAAGCUGCCGGCCAGUGAGGAGGAGGAUGGAGGGCAGCUCAUCCAUGCUGUCCAGCCCCUGCAUGGCCUUGGGACUGAGCCACAGCCAGGUGACAGCACCGUGCAGCAGGGUGACUCGGAGCAGGCAGCACUGGGUGUCCCCAGCCCUUGCCAGCUGCCCCAAUUGCCCCCUGAUGUCCGACGGGCAGCUGCCUUCUCUGGCUAUGAGCUGCGUCCCCCAGCUGACAGCGAGCCAUAGCAAGCAGGCGGGGGCACACCAGGAGCUCCUGGCACCCAGAUCACAGCACCAAGCAGAGCUCGAGGUGCUGCCUGGAGCUGCCCUGGCCACGAUGGCUGCCUGCUCAGACCUGCCUGUGCCUUGCUGGGGACAGGACUGGGGCAGGCUCCAGUGCGGGCAGGCACAGGCAUGCUCCAGGUACAGCUGCCAUGGAUGGGUGAGAUCAGUAUCUUCAGAGCUUCCCUCUGGUUUUGGUGCUCUUGAACCAAAGCAUAAGGAAUACAUACCAAAGUCGAAGCCCCAAAACUUUUAUCUAUUUAUCCAUCUAUAUGUGUGUAUAUGUGUGCAUGUAAAGUAUAUAUACUAAUGCAAAUUUAUGUUUAUACUCAAAUAUAUAUAUAUAAACCUCUUGAAUGAAAGAGGAGGUUUUUUUUUUUUUUUUACUUGUCUGGAAAUACUGAUUGUGACUGGAGCUGUUUUUUA